ACGCGAUCAACAGACGGACCAAACGGUAGUCACGCUUGCCCCUGAAUGGACGUAAGUUUCUGCGUUUCCGUCGGUUGUUCAUUCGAUUUUACACACCUGAGCCCUAUUAUUGGUCUCUGGACUGGCGACUAACUUGCGGGUGCGAUCCGUGUGCGAUGUGAAUAAUAAUAACAGAUCGAGUUGAAGCACGAGUGUGUGUGCUGGGAUGAUUCUCGGAUUCUUCCAGUCGAGUGGUUUUUGUUUCUAUUGAAUCCAAUGUGAAUAUAAUAAAACCUUCCUUGUUUGCCGAUGUUAAUUUAUUGCAAUUCAAGCAAAUAUCCGAGUGAAUGAGAUUAUCGUGAAACAAGAGCGAUUCAAACGCGAGUGCUUGAGAAUGUUUGAGAGCAGCAAGAUCAAAAACCUACAGCAGGUUACGACAUCCAAAGUGUGUUUAUUUAUACACAAAAUACGCAGCAGAUAAUCUGAUUUCUGGAAGGAACCCCUCGCAUCGCUGCACUCCCUCGCGUUUCUGCGUCACGAGAAGAAUAUUGUGCAAAACUGCCCUUUUCCGUUAGUGUGUGAGUGAAAAACUGGCACACGGAAAGCACAGCCGCAGCAUAGCACGCAGCAGCAGCAGCAAACAGCAUCGAGAGUUUAUUGACAUUUUGACUUCGCAGCGCUUGUCGCCGUCAUUUGCCACACAUUCCUGCUAGUGUGAAAAUUGAAAAAAAUAAAAUUGCUCAACCAAAACAUUGGGCAAUUCAUCAUUCCGAUGAGAAAGUGAAUUAAAAUUGCAACAGCAGCAGCAGCAAUAGUGCAAAAUAUCGCGAAUUGACUCCCAAAACACGAUACAAAAGGCUGCCGUAGGUUUGUGUGCCCAGCAGACAGCAGAAGAAAGAAGAGAAAAAGUUGGGCCCAUCAAACUACUUUAUAGCGUGAUGCGUAUCAAAAAGUUGCUAGUGCAAAUGAAAAAAUAUAAAUGCUGACAAUCCACGCGAGUGAAAUUGCAUAAAUGGAAGCAAACAUCAACCGCAGGCGAUUCAAUUGUGAGUAAAACGGUGCAUUUAAACGGUACUAUUCCUGUACAAUAACACGCUACAAAAACAUUCGGUGGAUGCUGUCAAUGACAGUUUGGCGGAAGGCUUGAAAACUUACCCAACAGACGGGCGGAUUCUCCAGCAGGCCGGAGCUGAAUACCGUACAGGCAGAACCCGCUUUGCGUUGACAUCCAUCCAAUUGCCGUGUGGCAGAGCUGACGUGGACUUAGGACCUGGUGGCAGAAGCAGUACCAGCACUAAUUAGAUCGACUGAGGAACAUUUUUAAAUGAGCGGAAAUGAUAGCAGCACAGGCGGCAGCCAAUAAAUUAGAACAGCUUUGGUAGGCCGACAAAGCCCGAGGAAGACAAUAUCCUGGUACCGAACCGAGCAUCAUCGUGGGUACAAAACGGGAAAGAUAUUCCACUAUUAAAAUGACGCUCUACUGGUGGAAUCACUGGUUCUGGAUCACCGUCUGCGGUGUGGUCCUGAUAGAAUGUACCCCACUCAGUUCGAUUGAUUCCUAUCCCAGCAAAUUGGCCAAAUUAGAGGAAAAUAGUAACAAAUCAACAUAUCUGAAGCGGGCUGGUGAGUUCUCCAGUAUGACCGCCGGAGGCGGCGGCGGAAAUGUCAGCGGGAGACCUGGCCCUCAUUUCAUAUCAUCACUUCCGCCGAUGGCAGCCGCUUCCAGUGGAGUGCUGCCUUCGCCCUCCAAUGGCGGCUCGCAGACAGCACCGACCGUCAACAGUAUCGUAUCGGACGAAGCUUUCGUUCCGGAGCAUCAAACGGACAUCGAUGACACUUUCGCCGGUGGAAGCUUGGCUGGUACAGAUUUCGCACCGGGUGUCAUGACAUACACGCGGAAAGAUGCCGAAGCAGGUAGCAGUACGGCACCGAGUGCCGGGGUUACCGAGGAAACGGUGGUAUCCAGUACGACCGCCACAGCUGCGGUCGUCACCGGUUCCGAUCGGCGGUUCAAGAAGAACGGCACAAUUUUCACCCGUAAUGAGCAGAACAUCACAACCCUUAAGCUGAAGAAUUACAACCGAGGAAUGGAACGGGAUGAUCUCAAGGAACCGCCCCGCGUACCGGACCGUGGCACCCGUUUGGUGGAAACGCUGCUACUGACGGCCGUCGAUAACAGCACUGAUGCCGCCCUACUGACCCUCGAGCACGGAACGGAACGGGUAGAGUUGGUGGACGAGGACACCGGCAACGGUACCAUCGUUCGUGUCACUAACAACCCGGACGAGUCUCCCGACGAUGAUAAUGCGACAUUGGCGGUCCUCCCGUCCGUACCGAUCGAUGAUGACGCGCCCUCGCUGUCCUCCAGGGACAACCGCAGUAGCUUUAAUACUGGUAGUAGUAAUAGUAGCUUUAGUAGCAGUAGUGAUAGUAGCAAUAGUGACCGGGAUAUUCCCGAUGCUAGCCAUAGUGAUAGUACGAGCAGUGAAGGAGAAGGAGAGACAGGCAGCGUCCCGAGUGCAAGCGAUCGACGGAUUGGAAAAAUUCUGUCAUCCGAUUUUCGGGACUUCAUUGGCAGCGGUACCAACCCGAACGCCAGCAGUUACAUCUCGAGAGCGAUUGCGUUUUCCACCCAGAACCUACAGGAGGGAAUUGACGAUCAGGAUCACCCUCUGGAGGAUGACGAUUAUCGGCGCAGCUCGCGGGCUCAGCAGCGGUUGAAUGUGGGCGCCAUUUCCGGCAUCUGCUUGGCUUCGUUGGGAGUACUGUCCGGCUUAUCGGCAGCGCUGAUUAUCCUCUACCGGAGGUAUCUGUACAUCAACAAACCGCAAACCCUAAGCGAACCGGACUCGAGCGGCUACAUCGACGACAGCACCAUUCGUGACAAUUCGGACGAGAUGUACAGCCUGGAUAACGAUUCCUUCCUGAACUCGCUCGAAGCAAUGACAAUUCAGAACUACUGGACCGAUAACGUGAAACAUACCAAGUUGUAAGGCUUUCGACUAAAACAAAAUAAUCUGUAAACUGUGAACAUUAUAUUUUACACACUUUAGUACCUACGUUAUUUAUAGAUUACAAUUUUUUGCAAUCGUUCUAUCGUAAGCCGUCCCUAAUAGUGAUUGAAGAUAAUAAUUAACACUUAGUUACUGAGUUUAGCAUUAGUGAUGGACAACUUUCAGAGCAGCAGAAAUGUGUUUCCUUUCAUUUUCGGUUACCUCGUUUUAACUUUACAUUCCAACCGGUCGUUUAAGUGCUGGAGAAAAGACAGAACAGAACGGUUUGAAGUUGUGAUCCACGGUUGGUAUAGAGAUGUAGACUUAAAAUUGAAGUGGAAAACAGCAACACCCACAUAUAUAUUUAUAGGUAUGAAUUGGCAGCAAACAACCGGAGGAAGGGUUUUUAUUUUUUAUAUCUGACUUUGCAAAGCUGACUAAAGUAAGAGUAAAUGCGUGAAUUGUUGCGUCUCAUAUGUGGUUCAAAUUCGAUUGUAAGUAAAAAACAGUGAACAAAACAUCAUAAAAUCAAAGUACUUAGAAUGCGUACUUUUUGUGUAGUGGAGAGGAAGUACCGCGGCUACAACUGUCGUUGUGUCAUGAGAAUUGUACAACUCUUUCUAAUUACUUAACUCUUUUUUUGUGAAAAUAAACAUCACACUGAAUUGGA